UGUGUGGUUGUUAGUUGUUGCUAAGAAAGUAGACUUGCUUGGCAACGGUGCGUCACUCGCUCAGUCGCAGCGACGGAGGACGAUGCAUUGUGGGAUUGGAAGACACUGAAGUACUGAGCGCUCAGUGACUGCAAUAAAUAUAGAGUUUGUCCAGAGAGCGUUUUGUUUUUGACACAUUUUAUUAAACUAAAAAUUUUGUGAUCGAUAUCCGGAGCCAUUGCCAUGAACGAGUCGAUGGCGAAGAAGACCCAGGAGACCCUGGGGAAAGUGAUUAAGAAACCACCGCUCACAGAAAAACUGCUGAGCAAACCGCCGUUUCGAUUCUUGCACGACAUCUUCACAGAGGUAAUAAGGACCACAGGUUUUAUGAAGGGGCUCUAUUCAGAAUUGGAGAUGAAGUCUGAAAAUGUUAAGGAUAAAGAAGCCAAGAUUGCAUUCCUCCAGAAGGCAAUAGAUGUGGUAAUAAUGGUGACAAACGAGCCCCUAUCAGUGAAGCCAGGUCGUAUUGUAUCAGGACAUGAGCCAGAGAAAACGAAUGAGCUUCUGCAGGCAAUGGGAAAGUGCUGCCUCAAUAAGCUUUCCAGCGAAGAUGCUGUGCAGAGGGUCCUUGCCGGUGAGAAGCUAGACCUAAAAGGAAAGCAUCCCUCGACCUCAAAAUCUCAGGACAAGGAGAACCGGGAGAGCAAGGAGGAAGACAAGAAAAGGCACAAAGACAAAGAGGAGAUCAGAGACACUGAAAUCAAAGAACGAAGCACAAGCAGAGAUCGAAAGGUUGAACAGCCAAAAGAGACGGAGGCCAAAAAGACUGAGAAGGGCAGACACAAGGACGAUGAAAGGCAAGAGAAAGGAAGAGACCGCGAAAGGACGAAAGAGCGGGAUCGGGAGAAAGAGAAGAGCCGGGACAGAGACAAAGAGAAGGGCAGAGAAAAGGAGAAAGACCGGGACAAGGGAAAAGAGAGGGACAGGGACAGGGAAAAAAGGAGGGAGCGCCCAAAGGAGCCUGAGGAAAAAGCCAAAGAACCGGAGGAGAAAGCCGAAAGAAAGCCUGCAGUGGUUCUUGAAGCAGAGCCUGCAGAGGUUCCUGAAGCAGAGCCUGCAGAGAUUCUCGAGGCAGAGCAUGAGAGUCCUGCAAGAAUACCUCGGCCUUCCUCUGCAAAAGGACAAAGAAGACGACCCAAACCUGGAGGGCAAGAUGAAUCUGACAGUGAUGGAGAGGCAGAAAUCCUUUCUUCAGACAAGUCCAUGCCAUUAGAGAAUGGUGAGGCUGUUGAUGCCGUGCCCACUCACAGGAGAAUACCAAGGCCAAGUAGUGCAAGGCCAGCACCACCACGAGUCAAACGUCAAAAUAGUGCUGAUGUGCCAAGUGUAGAAAGGAUCGGUAGUGGAAAGCCUUUGACUGCUGUGAUCGUGGAUGGGAAAAAGGACUCUGACGAGGAUAAUGAUGAGCUGUUUGUUGUGGAGGAAGCAGCUCCACUUCUUCCAGACCUGCCCAAAAUGGAAAUGGAGCCGGCAGUGGAGCUGAAAGAGGACGACAAACAUGGUGGGCUGGUGAAGAAAAUUUUAGAAACAAAGAAAGAUUAUGAGGCUUUACAACCUUCAUCCAAGACAAAAGACCAGGAUAAGACAAUUGUAUCGGCGGCAACAAAAAGAAAAGAGCGUGACUUAGUCUUCAGGGAGACUGAAAAGCUGAGGUCCUCAAUCCAGACAGUGUGUCGUAGUGCCCUCCCACUGGGGAAGAUCAUGGACUACAUUCAGGAGGACAUGGACUCCAUGAAGAAGGAGCUGCAGAUGUGGCGCAGCGAGAACGCAGAGCAUGCAGCAGCACUGCUCAAGGAGCAGAGAAUAACAGACAAUGCUGUGGAGCCCCUUAAAGCUGGGCUGGUGGAGCUGGAGCAGCUAAUCAAGGACCAGCAGGACAAAAUCUGUGCUGCAAAGGCCAACAUCUUAAAAAAUGAGGAGAAGAUUGAGAAAAUGGUCUCCAGUAUCAACUUCUCAUCCAGGACGUGAGAGCCCAAGACAGAAAAGACUCCAGAUAUUAAUCAAAUGAUAAAUAUACUGAAAGGCACUGAAAACAAGGGAAAGGCUAUUUUUAUAAAGUAUAAUGUAUUUUUAUAAUCCUGUGAUAAAAUUUAUUUAACAUGUGGAGGAAUCUAAACACUUUUUUUUUUUUUUCUUCAGCUGUUGUGGGCUUUCCCACCCAAUCAAAAGUAUAACCUCUCAUUCUUAACAUACUCACAUCCCUGGUGCCUCAGUAUUCAUUCAAAGAAGACUUCCAUAUGGAGUUUCAUUUUACAUUGUCAUAGUGCAUCGUGCAUGUGUCGCACAUCUAACCCCUGUACAACAUCAGUUGGUUUGUCACUGAAAAGUCCUUUUAGAAAAUAAUCUUGCUUAUUUAUUUGAUAGCAAAGUCUCUGAUUUUACCAUUUGUACAAUAUGGAUUAUUUUGUUUUAGAAAAGGUAAUGCAGAUGUCAUGUAGGAAACCAUAUACCAUUCCAAUUCAAAAUUGAUUUGGUCUUUACAAUAAAGCACCACAGAAUAGAGAAUUCUUGCUAAGGAUCCCCUUUUAUAUCUGCUCUUCUGAUAUUUGUGGUUUCAAUGCUGUGAAGCAACUGUAUGAAUUGAUUAGAUUAUAGUAAGGCAGAGGACUUAUUCUAGAAAGACAAAUUUAACAACCUUGAAAAUAUAUUGGCCAUUUUAAUAUGUAGCAUGGAACUGUGCAUUAACCCACAAACAGUGGCUACAUGCAGUAUUUUGCUGUGCCAUGUCUGAAGUAUUUUCUGUGCUGGCAGUGUGGUAAAUAAAUUACUGAUAAACAAAUGAUGCCAGUUCCUAAAGUCUUUUUAUGUGCUGCAUAUUACAAUUCUUCUCAACACUUUCAAAUAUAUUUCAGAACUGUUGUGUACAAAUAUAGUUUUGAAGUGAUAUAUGAAUAUGAAAAAGAACUCCAUUCCCUUAAGAUUUCAUCCUUUUUUUUAAAGGUUUCAUAGUUCCGAACAAUUUAGGAGGAAAUGAAAGAGAACCAUUUUGUUUUCAAAAAUACAUUUUAUACAUUCAUAUUUCACUUUACAAAGCGUACCAGCAUACUGUAGAUAUCCACAUUUCCUAAUUGGUAAUAAUAUCAACAUGCAUUUAAAAGAUACUCUUGGGUACCACUACAUAUAAAUUAUCUUAUCUGGUUGAAGUCUUGGCCUUUGUACAGUCUAAAUAUCUCAAAGACAAUAUAUUACCAGGUCAUGCAAAUAAAAUGUUUUGGUGCAGAGUGGGUGAUUCUGGCUAUGAUAUGUCAAUACAAAAAGACUACUACUACUACUGCAGUAGUGAAAGGAAUAUGUUGCUACAGGAUUAAGGGGAAGAUGUAUCACUUACAGCGAUUGUGCCCUGCAGACUAAAUGAAGUCUACUGUAUUUUGAUGGAUUUGAUCCCAAACACAGUAGAAUUACGCACAGUGCUCCACCAAGAAAGAAGGCUGAUUUGGUUAUCUAUUGUUGAAUGAAACGAUACAUUAAAACAAAUUCCCCAAAUGUCUGUGACAAGGAAUGAGAAGUGAUCAUUCACACAUCCAUAACUUUAAUGCAUGCAGUCUGUGGAAAUGAGUCCCAACAUGUGUGAGAAUUGGAGUUUUGAUUGUCCAGCACAGUAGUUUUGAGACCUCUGCAGUCGCCAGCACGGGUUUCUCUCUUACAUUUGUCCCAGUCCCAGUUGACAACCUUGUUUUUUCGGUUUGUAUAAAUAGACUAGAAUAUAUAUGUAUAUAUAUAUAUAUAUAUAUAUAUAUAUAUAUAUAUGUAUAUGGUAUGUGUAAAUAUUUCUUUAAGUCUGUAAUAUAACCAUAAUCAGCAUUUAAAAUUCCAGUUUUGUAGCGCAGAGAGUGAUACACAGAUUUUUAAUUCAGCAAGUUAUGGUAUUGCUUUUUAUCAGUAUUUAAUAGAAUGAUUGCAGGUUAAUGAAAUGUAGCUUUUAUUUGUAAAUUAAACAUUUCCCUCAGUUAAGGAAAUUUCAAAUAAAAGCCUUUUGCUUGAAAAGGGCAGUUUCCUAAACAAAUUACAAGUACUUUGGCAUGUUUUGUACCCAUCAAUUUAUAAGAAUAAUUUACAGGCCUCUGUUGAGAAAGCGUCUACACUGCAAAUAAUUGUGUCAAAACCAAUGUCGCUUUCUUGCUUAUAUAUUAUGUAUAUUUUGAAUUUGUAAUGUAGUUCACAAAUUACUAUAACUUUUGUAGAGGAGUAGAAUAAAAUUACAUUUCUGUACAAGUUGGAGUGUGAA